CUACCCAAGUUUGCUGCGCGCAUGCUUCGCAUGGAACCAAAAGCCAGCAAUAGCGUACGCACUGUGCUGUGCGUAAAAGCAAGCACAGCACAGGACAUGGCAUCCCUAGCCAUCCCCGCGAGAUGGAGCUCGGCGUGCGGCUUGGUAGCUGCCAGCCGCCUCCCAACACCAGCCAACCGCCGCCUCCAGCGAUCAGCUUCGGAGCCUGGCCGCGCUCCAGCCACCUCGUCGUCCUCCGUGCCCGGGCGUGUCCGCGUCGUCCCCGCCGCGCCAGGGCUCCGCGGGUCGCUGCCCCGGACUCCCGCCCCCUCGAGACCAUCUGCGCCAACAGCACCGGUCAGGGCACUAAGUUGAGGGGGGACCAGUUCUUCCCGGUGGAGAUGACGGUCCGCGACUGCGAGCUUGACCACUACGGGGUCGUCAACAAUGCUGUGUACGCGGACUACAUCGAAAAAGCUCGGGAAGAGUUGGCUUCCAGCCUUGGCAUCAGCUCAUGCUCGAUCGCGAGCACAGGCAACGCCAUGGCACUCUCCGACCUGAGGCAGCUCGUCCUGGAGGCAACGGCCACCGUGGUGUGCCUGAACAAGGACUACCGCCCGACGCGCGUGUUCCCGGAGGUGGCGUCCAAGCUGCGGCGUUUCUUCUCGUCCUAGCUACGAUACGUACGUACCAAGGACUGAUGCCAACAAGCCGACCGACGUCGUCGUAUUAGAUAUACGUGGACACGUGAUCGAUCGUACUUGUGUACAUAAGUACGUGCUCUGGAGUCUGGACGAGGGAUCCCCUGUGUAUAGUAGAAGCCUGGACUGGAAAGGCUCUGUUUGAUGGGAGUCAUCAUAAGAGAUCACCCCAGCAAAAGAA